AUGACCGGCGAGAAGACCUGCGGAGGAGGCGAUGACGCUUUCAACACCUUCUUCAGCGAGACUGGCGCCGGCAAGCACGUCCCUCGUGCUGUGUUCCUCGAUCUGGAGCCGACUGUGAUUGACGAGGUCAGGACCGGUGCAUACAGGCAGCUGUUCCACCCCGAGCAGCUCAUCUCCGGCAAGGAGGAUGCCGCCAACAACUUCGCCCGUGGUCACUACACCAUUGGCAAGGAGAUCGUUGACCUCUGCCUUGACCGCAUCCGCAAGCUUGCCGACAACUGCACUGGUCUCCAGGGCUUUCUGGUCUUCAACGCCGUCGGCGGUGGUACCGGCUCCGGUCUCGGUUCCCUCCUCCUGGAGCGUCUGUCCGUGGACUACGGAAAGAAGUCCAAGCUCGGCUUCACGGUGUACCCGUCUCCUCAGGUGUCGACCUCCGUGGUUGAGCCGUACAACUCCGUUCUCUCCACCCACUCGCUCCUGGAGCACACCGAUGUCGCCGUUCUCCUCGACAACGAGGCCAUCUACGACAUCUGCCGCCGCUCCCUGGACAUCGAGCGUCCCACCUACACGAACCUGAACCGUCUCGUGUCUCAGGUCAUUUCUUCCCUGACUGCCUCCCUCCGCUUUGACGGCGCUCUGAACGUGGACGUGACUGAGUUCCAGACCAACCUGGUGCCCUACCCUCGCAUCCACUUCAUGCUGUCCUCCUACGCUCCGGUCAUCUCCGCCGAGAAGGCUUACCACGAGCAGCUGUCCGUGGCUGAGAUCACCAACAGUGCGUUCGAGCCUUCAAGCAUGAUGGCCAAGUGCGAUCCUCGCCACGGCAAGUACAUGGCCUGCUGCCUGAUGUUCCGUGGAGACGUCGUCCCCAAGGAUGUCAAUGCCGCCGUUGCUACCAUCAAGACCAAGAGGACCAUCCAGUUCGUCGACUGGUGCCCUACUGGAUUUAAGUGCGGUAUCAACUACCAGCCUCCCACCGUGGUGCCUGGUGGCGAUCUCGCCAAGGUGCAGCGUGCUGUGUGCAUGAUCUCCAACUCCACUUCCGUGGCGGAGGUCUUCAGCCGGAUCGACCAUAAGUUCGACCUUAUGUACGCGAAGCGUGCAUUCGUGCACUGGUAUGUCGGUGAGGGCAUGGAGGAGGGCGAGUUCUCUGAGGCCCGUGAGGACCUGGCUGCGCUCGAGAAGGACUACGAGGAAGUCGGUGCUGACUCCACCGAGCCCGGUGAUGAUGAGAACGAGGAGUACUAG